GUUUGUUCUUAUAUUCGGUUCAAUUCGGUUGUGUUCUUUCCCACUUCAGUCUCAGCUCAAGUGGCCUAAGUGGUACUCAAUUAUUAUAUCCAAAGCUGAGAGAAGCAGUUACCGAUUAUCGUACGGUGUUUGAAUGGAUUGUUUUUAAGGAGGAGCCAUCAGUGAGAGAAUAAAAUGAGCAUGUACUCUACGUGACGUACAAAUCAGCUGUGACAGAUAGUAGUAAAAGUGACGAUUACUGAAUACAACAUGGGAAAGCGGAAAUAUUUGUUUGUGUAUUUAGUAUUAACAGUGUACUUCAGCGGCAGCAUCAACGCGGAGAAACGAAAUCCUUUGAAAGAUCCACGGAUAUGUGGGCGCCCACAGUGUCAAGAGUCAAACACGAAAUUCCACUACCAACUGCACCGACUAUACAAGUAUGACUACGCUAUGUACGUCAAGACCGAGUUCUCCGGAAGUGGGGAAAACUCCUCAGAACUACAUCUGUCAGCAGCCGUGGAAAUUGAUUUCUACAAGCCAUGUCAGGGUUUGCUGAAACUGUAUUCAAUCGAAGUCCGCGAUCGACCGCAGCCCGUGGUGGAAGAACAGGACUUUGAAUAUGGUGCCGAUUACGUUGAGCCCGCACCGGAGGUUGAAUUGCAUCCCAAGAGUGAUGCCAUUUCUGAUGAUCUUAGCCGGUUUGAGCUGAAGUUCGCUUUCCAUGACGGCGUAGUAAGUGAGAUCUGUCACGAGGAGGAUGAGCCGGUUUGGACGUUGAACCUCAAGCGUGGUAUUCUAUCGUCAUUCCAAAACAGUAUGCCACGGUUCGAUAUCGAUUAUCAUACAACGGAAACGGACGUAUCUGGCGAUUGCGAUGUAACGUACACAAUGAGCGGAACGAAGGGAACGAGUUUGUCGAUUAGGAAGACGAAAGACAUUGCAUCUUGCAAAAGGCGGUACAAGACUAAUUCUCUGAUUCAGACAGUGCCGUACGAGUUUAGACCGAACUACGUGGCGUGGCCAAUCCUGAACUCGACGAGCUUUUGCAACAUUUCGGUAGACAAUUUUGUCUACAAGGAAAUCAUCUGCUACGAGCGUCACCAAUUAGUACCGUUUUCAAAUGGACAAGCUGGUGCUGUGACAGAGUCCUACAGUAAGCUAACCUUAGCUGAUGAGGAAUCCUACACUCCACAGGAGCACAGCUCGGACGAUGAGUAUGAGAUUCAGAAGCGUUCCAGUCUCAUCUAUGAUCAUACACCAUCGUCACGGGACAGUCAUGACGAGAUAAAAGCAUCUCGUGAAUUGCUUAAAGAACUCUGUCGGCAAGGUUUUCCAGACAUUCAACGGAACUUCCCCGAUGUAUUUCUGGAGUUCUUGUCAACGGCAAGGGUUCUCUCGUUUACAGCUCUUUCGCAACUGUUGUAUCGAUCCAAGAGUAUCUGUGAGAAUGGAAAGAAUCACGUGUUGGAAAGCCUUCCAUACAUUGGAAGUCCAGCUUCCGUUACUUUGAUGAAGGAUCAAAUCGUAAAGGAUCAAAUCCCUUCCGAUCUCGCCAAGCAGUGGAUGGAAUCGUUCGCUUAUCUAACAAGGCCAAAUGAAGAAGUUCUGGAAGCAAUGCUGGAGCUCAUGGAGCAUGGAAAGGCUAUAGGUGAAAAAAAUUACAUUCUUGCUGCUACUUCUGUCGGACAUACAUUCUGCACGAUUAACUCCGAUUGCGGGAAUAGUGAUGGUAUUAAAGCAAUCGUUCAAUUUUUGGAGAAUGACCUGCUUGAGAUACUCCAAACGACAAUGACAAGAAAGCAACGACAGAACGUUAUAGUGCUACUGAAAGGUUUGGGAAACGUUGGAGUCAUCAGUGCGGAAUUCUACCACGAACUUCGUGAAACAAUCGAAAAUGGAAUCCUUCCCAUGGAGAUCCGUCUUCAAGCGGUUUACGCAUUUCGACGUCACGAUUGUAUCAGAACGAGAGAUUACUUCCUGAAGCUGUAUUCCAACUUUGAAGGGGACGUAGAGGUUCGAAUUGCUGCAUAUCAACAAGCCAUGCGCUGCCCUGACUACCUUUCCGUCAAAUUGAUUAAACAUGUUUUGAAAACCGAAGAGGUUAACCAGGUCGGAUCCUAUGUUUGGUCGCACCUGAGCAAUCUGGCAAGCAGUGCCUCGCCAGUUCGAGUUGAAGCCCAAGGUCUCCUGGCUGAUAACGAACUGGGAAAGAAAUUCCGCAUGGAUAUCCGAAAGUUUUCACGAAACUAUGAACAUACAAUGUUUUUCGAUGAAUACAAUUUCGGAACGACAACGGAUGCAAAUUUGAUCUUCAGUGCGGACUCAUACUUGCCGAGAUCAGCAUCGCUGAACUUAACUGCGGAUUUGUUUGGAGAGUCUGUCAAUUUUCUGGAGUUGAAUGCUCGCGCUGAAGGAUUCGAGUAUUUAGUAGAGUCAGUUUUCGGUCCAGCAGGCCCUUUAAAUGCCAAAAAAGUAAAGGAGUAUACGUCUGCAAUAACCUCGCUCUUGACCUCGGAUUCAGUGGAAGAAGAACAAUCAGCGUAUGACCCAAUCAGUCAACUACGACUCAAGAGAGAUUCUGAUGAUGAGGAUAGUUAUCUGUUCGAAGAAGAUGAACAAAAUCUACGACCUAAGCGUCAAGCUCGAACCCCUGCUGUAAUUGAACAAGACAUACAUGACAAGAUCGACAGCAUGGAUUAUAAAAUGAAAUCUGACUUCAAAGAUCCUCAUGCUUCGAUAGGAGUCAAAAUUUUUGGAAACGAUCUCAAAUAUUUCACAAUUGAUGGCUUCGCAGAAACGAUGAUGGCAGCAGAAAAAAUCAAUCCACUUAAUUUUAUGAAAACGAUUUUGUCAGGAAAAGAGGUAUCCUACACCAAAUCAGGAGUGUUUUUGGACACUUCCUACGAUGUCCCUUUGAGCACAGGUUUUCCUUUAGCACUGAGUAUAAUCGGGGCAUCGUCGGUAGAUCUACGCAUGUCCGGGUCUUUCAAAGCUAAUAACGUUUGGGGAUCAACGAGGCACAUCGAUAUGGAAGGAAAGAUCAAACCUAGUGUUUCCGUUGACAUCACUGCAACUAUGAAAACAGACUUCGUACACACGGCUACGGGCAUCAAAGUGAAAAGCAAUCUGUACUCUAGUUCAUCGUUGGAAACUAAGGUCAAAGUGCGUGGAAACCGCCUGGCAUCGCUGCAAUUCAGCCUUCCGCAGGAUCGCAACGAAAUCUUCAGUGUCAGAUCGGAAAUGCUUGUUUUUGACUACAGUGGCGAAAUACAGCAGAAGGGAAUCAAUCGCCGCUAUACCAACUCUACCUGCACUUGGCCAGUCGUUGAUCGAGCAAUUGGUUUGAAGCUGUGUGCCGACUACAGUUUACCGGACGUCAGUAACGAUAGCAAUGUUCCCAGUUUAAUUUUGAGCGGUCCGGUUAACCUAGACAUCAGCCUCCUGAAAGCAGAUCCAACGGCAAAGGUAUUCCUGUUCCAAUAUAAUUGGGACAGCCAUGAAAAUGUCUCAACGGGAUCGAUCAUGUUCGAGACCCCCCAUUCCCAAAUUCCUCGCAUCUUCAUAGCAAACAUCACUGCCGAUACGGAAGGAUACAGUGUAUCGAUGGGCUUCCGGAAUGGAGAUACCGCCCAUUCGGCUGUGGGUAUUUACAAGAACAGUAACGCUCAGAGGCGUUUGGAUAUGUCUUUGACUGUCAACGACCGGAAAUAUCUGGCCCUAGAGAUGGGUUACAACAAAACCGAAAUCAAGUAUGGAAUGAUCUACAGUCCUUCGUUAUUCCUGUCGGUGAACAACGAACGGAUAGCAGGGAUGGCUGGUCAAAUUAAAAUGACCGACAAGAAAGGCAUCAAACAGUGGGACUACACUUUGCAAUUCGAAACAAAACGAGUGCAAGCGAAGGUCAUUGGCUAUGUUCAACAAACGCAGGCGUCGAUUACUAGUAAACUAUCAAUGGAUUACAGGUUUGUCAACAGCAGUCCAGAACGGGUGACCCUGGGAGGAGUAUUCUCCAACAGAAGUAACCGAGGUCGUACCGAGUACCAUGGCUCAUUUGACUUACGAUCCACGGCCUAUCCGCACUUCGACUUUGCCGCAGCGAUGAAGUUCCUCUCGGCUAUGGGUCACAUCGAGUGCAAAGUGGAGUACAACAACGCAGCGGAUUUGAAGGAUCCCAACUAUACGACGACGCUUCGAAUGAUAUUUGCCCGUUUUCAUGUGGCCGAUGUUGGAAGAACUACGGCUUCGGUAGAGUUGACCAGGCCUCGUUCGCAAACCGAUUGGAAGGCGAUGAUAAAGCAUGAAAACAACAAUAAGAAAGGUACGGAGCAUAACAUACUGCUGCUGUUGCGAUAUGCCACGGACAAAGAUAUUACCGGUGUAUUUUCGGUUUACAUGCCCCGGGGAAUACUGUUCGUGAUUGACACGGCUGCCAACAUAACCGUACCCGGAUUCGACUCAUGUACGAUCAAUUUGAAGGUCAAGGAGAAGGCUCGCAAAGAGUACUACUUUGACUUCAACGGAAUGUGGUUCUCCGGACACUCGAUCGUCGUCAACGGUUGGUACCAGGAUCGCAGUUCCUUUAUCAAAAGCUAUCAUCAUGCCAAGUUGCAAGCUCAGAGCCCAUCGUUUGGAGACAUUACCGCAGACGCUAAGUACGUUCGCGAUGAGAUCGAGUUCAAGUUGGACUUACACGCGGAAUACGGUAAGCAGCCUUACGGAUUAACCGUUAAACACAUCAUAGAUCCGGAGAACGGUACCAACACGUAUGCCGGGUUCCAGUGGCGAGACAGUUUGUACUCGUUUUCGGCUUUGAUGAAAUCGGCUCCGAUCAAGGAAUUGUUACUGGAACUUCAUAUCGAUAAACUUCGUGACAUCACUUUGAUAUUGAAGGGAUACUCUACAGGAUUGAAACGAGAACUCGGAGUAGAAGUUAAAUGGGAUGCCAAUCGUGAUCCUACGCAAAAAUUAGCCAUAUCUGGAGAGCUCAACACUCCCGAAUAUCGACUAUACAACGGCAGAUUCCUUAUAUCCUAUCCAAACCGAACGAUCAACGGUGUAUUCGACCUAAAGGCAAUCGAUCCAAACUACCUGGCCAAUGCACGGAUAUCGUGGAACACUACGGAAGCGAUCGAACUAAAACUUGAUGCAGGUUCCGACGAGGAAAUCCUUAGGAAUAUGUGGUUGUUAUUCAAACUGAUUACACCGUUUGAGGGUUGGCGCUACAAUGCUCUGAACGGUGGUUUCUAUUUCAAAGAUAAUCUGCUCAAAACGAAUCUUUCCGCUAACUGGGCUGAAGAUCAAACUCUUGGCUUGGAAGUGAUGGGCUUGUAUUUGUCAAAUGACACAGAUUUCAACUGCGAAUUGAAAACCAAACUGCACAGUUCAAUUCAACACGUGCCGACGGUGAAGGUUCAUCUCAAGCAUAAGUACGAUUUCAAGCGAGUAGAUACGUUAGUGACUAUCAACCACACCGUAACCGAUGAACCUUCGCAGGUGUUUUCUGUAUGGUCCAACUGGCAGUACGAUCAGGACGAGCUCUACCGCAAUGUCACAGGUUCGCUUGUAUUGGUGAGUCCCUUCGAAGGUUACAAGAAAGGCGCAUUAGCGACAAAAUUCUCUCUAACUGAAAGCAAAGACCUUCGGGGAGCUGCUGAUCUUCAGCUGGAUGACGAUAAGUACGAAUUGGUGUUGAAGGGCCACGUGCGUAAUCUGGUAGAUAACAUGUUGACAGUUAACGUAACGUCAUCCAAUGAAAAGUUCCGGAACAUCAACGGACGGUUCGGAAUAAGCGAGAAAGAGCGUCAUGCCGUAGCAGAGGUUAUAACUCCAAAGAGUGCCCUCGGCAUUGAAGUUCUCUUUGCCGUAGUAUCGGCGUAUGACUUUGACAUCAAGUUCUACCUGGCAACGCCGUUGAAGGAUUUGGAGAGAGUUAUCCUGAGAGGAAAGCUGAAACCGGAUAACGUUGAUUUUCGAGCUGGUUUGAAUAGUUUGAUCAUCGGAUUCGUGGGUGUUUGGAGAAAGAAUGACCUGAAGGACUUUGAAUAUUCGUAUAAGGUGUUUACUCCUUUGCCCAAAUUUGAAGAAAACGGACUGAUUCUGAAGCUGGUGAUGAACAGAGAAAAAAGUGAAUACAUCGAUAUGGAGUUCAGUGGAAGGUUCAAGACAUACAAAUUGGGAAUCCGGGCUAUUACAGAACCGAAACCUCAACUAUUACGGCAACUUGGAGUUCAAAAAGCAUCCGAAAUCCUAGAUGUGUUUCUAGAUGAUUCUGUAGUUCCGGUCAAUGGAGGCGAAGAGGAGGAUGAUGAAGAAGAAGAUGAUGAGGAGGAGGAGCUAUUGAACUUGAUUGGAAAUGUAGCAAUAGACACGAUCAUCUGGCCAACCAUAACCGGUACUCUGGAUCUUGAAGAAUACAGGUCCAAGUAUUACGUAACAGGAAAAGUAAAACUGCCGCAAGGAGAUGUAGAUAUUCGCGAUAGUUUCUGGUUGGAGGAUCUGAUGAACAUGAAAAAUUCGAUGAAAGUGAAAACUCCAUUCGCAUUCAUGAAAGAAAUUCAAUCUGGUUUCGAACUGCAGGUACCUUAUCCUACCAACAAGUUUGUAGUGGGAUUCAAUGUACUUGUGUUGAACGAUACGGAAUGGGUGAACACUGGUUUUCAUAUUUACUACAACGUAUCGGAAGACGAAUCGGAAGUCAAGACCCAUCAUGCCAUUGUCAACCUGAUGACGCCGAUGCAAAAUCUGAAGAAGGUUCGUCUCCACGGAGUCCUCGACAUCGAAGAACAUGGCUACAAAGCGAACAUAACAGCCAAGACAACCAAAACCGAUGCGUCCAUAGCUGUGUCGUUUGAGAGUGAAGAUCAGUUCAUAGAUUCUGCGUUGACCAUUUGGGUGCGAUCUCCACUGGUACCGUACUAUGCAUGUCGGAUUUUCUACAAACAAGAUCUCGGUGGAUCCAGUAAUUCCAUGGAUAUGGGCUUUGUAGUGCAUGACGGGGAUCUGUACAACAACUUCCGGCUAGACGGUGUUUGGACCAUGGCCGAGCCACACUUCAUUGUAGGCAAGGGCAAGUACCAAUCCAACUUCCUACCGGUGCAGAUGAUUGAUACCGAGGUGUCGAUCACUCGUGAACCAUACCCGAAAGCUCAACUUGAAGUGCGCUUCAACGAUAGCGAGGGUGUGUACGAUUACAUUAGAGCCAAGGCGUCUCGAAACCGAGAAAUGGUAGCCGUUGAGCUGAGCAUUCCCAUACAGGAAUAUCGCAAUCUAUCGAUCUAUGGUCGCUUACUGAAGAUACACGACGAUGAGUAUUCAGUUGCUGGCCAACUGUACCGGAACGACGAAAUGUUCAUCGUUGAAGGAGACGCCACUAUCGUUGAUGAUAUCCCGAAGAAUGUUAAAAUGAUAAUAAAACCUGUUGAAGAUACAAAUGAAGAUAAAGAAGAAGGCUCCAUCAGCUAUGAGUACACAGUGGAUGAUGCGGUAACUAGUUUCAAGGCCAAGAUCAAUCGAGGAGCCAAGCAUGCCAGUAUCGAUGGUAGCAUGAAACUGCUAUCGUUGAGUGACUGGAACUUUGGAUUGGACAUUCAGUCAUCUGAACCAGAUCUAGCCGGUAUCGAUUUCAAAGUAGGAAUAGCUCCUACCGACGAUGAUAAAGCAUUAGGCUCAUUCCACCUGAAGUCACCUUGGAAGAGCGACAGAUUAGAACAAGCUGACAUCUACAUGUUGUUUGAUGUUCAGCCGAUUUCCGGUGCGGUUACGGCUAACUACAGUAUACCGUCCGUUUCUGGGGAUGCCAGUUGCUUGUGGAAUUGGCAGUUGCUGAAAAAUAUGCAGUUUGCAUUGCAUAAUCGCGUGCAAAAAGUGAACGCUGACGGACGUUUCUUCCAAAUUGGUGUGCGCUACCUGAGUCCUGAUCUAGAACGGAAUCAGAAUAUGACGUUUGGCGGGGAUUUGAACUUGAACGACAUCUGGGUUUUCAGCUCCAAUGCUUCCGUGACCUUCAUAUCCCUUUCGGAUGUCUCCGGUGUUCUGAAAGUUCGACUACCGAAACCCGUUGGAGACGUCCAUACCUUAGCUGCUAGCAUGAAUGGUAACAUUCCUUUCCUGGAACCAGUCCGCAGACAUAACUUCGAGGCAUCUUACGAUGCAGAGGAAUCACAUAAGCGAUACGCGUGGCAUUCGGAGUACAGCUUUGUGACCGAUUUGCGUACCCUUCUUCGCUUCGAAUGGGGUCCAAAUGUACAAUCCCAGCGCAUCCAGUCCAACUUAGAUGUGUUUCGAAUGGGUGAGAAGCGAGAAAUUUCCGCCAAGCUGCGAGGUCCGUGGUAUCUGGAGGAUGCCUUCCGAGCAUUUGCCGUGUACAACUUUGAAGAUGACCUCUACCUUGUGAACGGAAACAUUUCGAUCCCUGCCUCGCAGAAAGUAGCUGAAGCCAAUGUAGCAUUUGCCAACCUCUCCAACAUGAAGGGUGAUUUAAACUGUACGACUCCAUUCUUGAAUAUAACCUGGCUUCACGGUCAACUGGAGUUUAUAGAGAGUCCACUUGAAUCGAUAAGGUACCUUAAAGCCACCUGGCCAGAAUCAAGUGCCAUAUUUGACGCCAAAUCUACCUAUAAAGUGAAUAACUUGGAUCGAGAUCAACAAGGAACCAUAAAGGUAGAGAUACCACUGCAGACUAGACACUACGCUGAGAUUAAGUAUGGUUUAGCUGAAAGGCCGGCGAUCACAAAUGGACACGCAGAAAUUGACUACAACGAUAGGAAGGUAUUGAGCGGACAGUACACGUCCAAACAGGAGUCCAGGGUAGGAUUCGAUAAGGAGACUGUCGAUGUGACAUUGGAGAAUGAUUUCAAACCAUUAGGUGUUCACUACGUACACACUACCAAGCUUCUUAAGAACAACUUCAAAGAAACGGACACCAAACGUGCCGAAGUCUUCGAACUGCGCAACCAGAAGAAAUUCAAUAUAACCGGUGAGCUUCAAAUCUCCACCAGAGACACAGGAAGGGAAUACGUCAUCACAGCUAUUCAUCCGAAUCGUACCGUAGUGCUAACAGCCGAUUUUGAUGCUGAAGGUGAAACCACUAAACAGAAAUCCAAAUUACAACUAUCGCCAACCCGGUGGAUUGCGUACGACUUCCACUUAACCAACCUGUCGAAAGUGGACAACGAUUCACAGAAAUUCAGGCUGGAGAUCUCCUAUCCACGUAGGAAUCUCUCAGCCGAUGGUUGGUACUCGGUGACGGAAAACGCCUUCGACUCGGAUGUCUCAUUGCAAUACACUCCGAACAAGACGAGUGAUAACGAUGAUAAUUCGUUGCGAACAGUGAAAGCUGCUGUUCGAUGGGCUGACGAAUCAUCCGGUGAUGCAACGCAGCAGAGUUUGCUGGUUCUUCUGGGACAUCCAACUUUUGAACAGGACAUCACGUUGAAAGGAGUUUACUAUUCGGACGAUACAGAUCUGCUAAAGACGAACCUGGAUAUCCGCUACACCCAGUCCGAAGGCCAUCAAAUAUCGGUUGGUAUGAAUGCCAAGGAUCUUACGCCUACCGUCGGCUAUAGAAACUACACCUACCACAUGUUCGGUUUACAUGAUGCAUCCGAUUUGGAUCUUGACUCGAUUGGUUCCGUGGGUCUACGACUAGGUUUGUACGAACUCAAUACCAACUCCCACUACAAACGGGGGUACCUCUCGAGAAUGGAAGGAUACGUCAUCGGAAAGAUGGAUGUCAAGCAGAAAGAAGUCAUUCUUGAGAAAAUGACAUCCCAAAGCAACUACCGUUUGUGGGGCAAAGCAUCGGGUGGCUAUCCAAUCUAUAUGGUCAACGGAAGUCUACUGGAUGGCCCGGAUCAGGACGCAGCAGGGUUUUUCUUCAUAGAUAUUGACGACAAACUGGUUCAAAUGAAGAUCAACAUGACACAAGAUGCCUCGGAGAACGUCUACAUGUACGGUAUCAUCCCGGACUCCAGGAGUGCCUACUUUGAUUUUUGGCGAGACUACGAUACGGCACGUGAAGUCGACGUAGCCUACUAUUUGAAGAUGAACCAUUCCCGAUUGGUCACCAGUAAACUACUGUGGCGUCCAGAGAUUCGUUCUGACCUGCGCAAUCUGGUCCGAAAUUAUUUCACCGCACUGCACACAUCCUUCACCGAAUCGCUGGAAUUCUGGGUCAAGCAAAUCUACAGUGAAUCGAAGGACUCGGUUAAUGGUAUGUGGGAUGCGGCACAUCCCUACAUGGAAGGUUUCUUGGAGGACGUCUCCGGAUUGAAUGUCAUUCAGGAUGAUCUGGAAGAUUUACGUCAGUUCCUGAAUGCUUCGUAUGUGGCGGAUGACUUCUAUAUCCGAUCGGUGAUCAACUUUACCGUAACCGUGCUGGAUGAGUUAGCCAUCAAGAAUAAAAUUACUUCGUUGCCAAAGAUUCUGACCGAAUUCUGGCAGGUUCUCGGUGAAUCAGGGCAAGCUUUGAAAAAGUCCAUUCAAUGGUUGCUGGAAACAAUUAAGGUUUCCUACCAGAAGAUAAUUGACGUGAUCGGUAGAAUUCUGCAAGGAGACUCGAUGAAGUACUUCUCCGAAGUGUUGGAAUCUUCUGUUCAACGAUACGAUAAGUUCAUCAAAGAUCUACACUUGCAGUUUAUAAAACACGUUCAAGAGAUGUGGAGAAAGCUAACUGACGUAAUCACUUCGUACUGGCAACGCAUGCUUCAGAAUAUCGAACCUUCGGUGAUCAAAUUAGCUCACUACGCAGAAUCCAUGACCUGGCAUGUAGGCCACGAGGUAUUCUCGUUCCUGUACAACAAAACUCAAGAGAUAGCAGAAUCACCUUACUUCACCAAAGUGACCAACUUUACACAAGAUUUGGACACACUGUAUAAGGACUUCGUCCAAAACGACAUCAUCACCAACACGAAGAAAUAUGGUUCAAUCGUGAUCCGCUUUGUAAAGGAAAAAUUCUUCCGUCUGCUACCGUUCGGUCGUGAGCUCAAUCAGGUCCUGACGGAGCUGUGGGAAGAAAUCAAACAGCUACAGAAACUAGAGUACGUCCAGUUCAUCUUGCAGCGAGUCAACGAGGUUCGUGCCAAGGCCGAAUGGCUUGCGGAGGAGUUCCAAUUGGAGAAACGACUGCAUCAGCUGUGGAGCAUUGUUAGGAACAAGUUGAGACGAUACGCACAGACUGCACUGCAGGCAGAGAAUCGUUACCGAGAAGCUAAGACAAAGUUCAUCUUCGAUCCUGAUCAUGGGAUUUUGGAAUUGGAGCAGAAGCUACCUAUGUCGUGGCAUGCCUUCAACGAAACUCCAAAGUUUGAUGAAAUUCCAGAGUACAAAUUCAUGACCGACAUUCAGGAUUUCUUUGCCGGUAGUAAUACCACAAUUUGGACAGUGUACAGCGAGUUGAAACCUUACAUGGAUACCAAGAUGUGGCUACCUCCUUUCAAAGCCAAUUCGCUACUGGUAGGAUCGAGACAUUACAUGUCUUUCGAUAAGCGGUUCAUUUCGAUGGAUUUGCGAGAUCUGCUCAAGAAUGGCGAAACAAACCAAUGCUCAUAUGUUUUGGCCCACGACUUUUACGACAAAACUUUCACAUUGCUGUUGGAACCUUCGAUGUUACGUGAAACUGGCAAGGCUUCAAGGAAAAUAACCUUGAUCACCGAAGGGCACGUUCUGGAAAUCGAUAUCAUGGAUGCUUCAGUCAAAAUAGAUCGUAACGUCACAACCGCUCUACCGGCACAGAUUGCCGAAACCGUAGUGUACCGAGAAGCUGAUCUACUAAUAAUUCAGUCCUUCAAAGGAUUCAAGCUUACCUGUAGUUUACAGUACCACAUGUGUUCGUUUGAUCUGAGCGGCUGGUACUUUGGAAAAACGGCCGGAAUCCUGGGAACGAUGAACAACGAAGUGUUUGACGAUUACCUUACAUCCGAUCGCAAGUUUGCCGUUUCUAAGGAGCAAUUCAUCAACAGCUGGACGCUACCGGAAUGCGAAGCUGACGUGCAAGCCACGAACCAUACAAGCAAUUUCUUUUCGGUGUCAAACGAACUCAGUCAGCUUUGCGAUUCAUUCUUCCGACAGAAACAUUCCUACUUUGCCUUGUGUUUCCCGAUUGUUGACGCUACGCCAUUCUAUGAAAUGUGUCUCGAUCUGGGAUACCAUCUAGAUACCAAGUCGGAUGAUCCAUCUGACAACGGUGCUUGCACUUCUGCUCUUGCAUACAUGGAGGCUUGUAGCUUGGAAGAUAUGCCUCUUCGAGUUCCAGAUUCAUGUAUCAAUUGCAAACUGAUCAACGGGUCCUACGUACCAGAGGGAGCAUUUGUUCCCAUGAAGGACAACGAUAUUCCACAGACAACUGAUGUUGUAUUCAUCGUUGAGGCUAAACCCUGCAACCAAAACAUAACCACAUCAAAGAGCGUCGUAACGUUGGUACAAACUCUUCACAAAGAACUGCAAGAACUCAACAUCACCGAUAAUCGCUACUCGGUGGUUGCCUUCGGAGGAAUGUCACCCUUCGAUAAAGCUAGGAGUGUGAUCGUUAAUGACAACGUGUUUGUAACGCACGAAUACAUUGAACCAUUCUUCAAUCAUAUCACUAUGGCCAGCGGAACAAACGACGACAUCUUCGAUGCAAUUAUCGUGGCCUCAAAACUGGUUUUCAGGCCCGGAGCAUCAAAAACAUUUAUCCUUAUGCCAUGUUCCAAGUGUUCCAGCUCCAGUAUGAAACUUGACUACUCCUCCGUACUUCAGCUCUUGCUCGAAAACGGUAUCAAACUCCACAUCCUCGCUGAUCAAGAUAUCGAAUUCGACAAGUCUCGCGUCGCGAGAAUGUUCUUUGGAAUGGAUAACACCAAAGCGUACACCAAGAAGGACCUCAAGGACCUCAUCGGAGACACCGAUCUUCGCAAACAGAUUCGACUGCCAAAGGCUACGCUGGGCAAUUGUGGUGCUUUGGCGCUGGAAACGGGCGGAUCUGUAUUCAGUGGUCGCAAGUUGCGUCCACUCACACGCAAUCCGACGAAGAAGUUCAUAACGGUGUUUACGAAGCGUGUUGCCAGCACGGCCGUACCGACUUCGUGCCAGACGUGCGAGUGUACCGGCCACAAUACGGGUGUUUCGUAUAUGCUCUGCUUGCCGUGUACUUAUCCAUCGGCGUUCAGCUUAGAUCACGAACGGAUGAGCGAAGAUGAAUUAUUGUCGGUCCUGCAACCGGACCACGACUGGGAUUGGGAAGAGGAUGAUGAACUGUUGUAAGGAGGGUGGAAUAGUAUGGUAAAACAUAAUUGUUUUAAUGUUGAGUAAUUAAGAAUGCUGUAAUCAAUCAUGACA